GAAUGCGACCAGGUUCACAUUGACGACGUGUCUUCAGACGACAACGGUCAAGAUUUAAGCACCUAUAACUUCGGAACAGACGGCUUUCCUGCGGCUGCCACCAGUGCGAAUUUGUGCCUCGCAACAGGGGUGCGCGGAGGAGUGGACUGGAUGCGAAAAUUGGCUUUCCGCUACAGACGAGUAAAAGAAAUAUACAAUACCUACAAAAAUAAUGUCGGAGGUCUUCUUGGUCCAGCAAAAAGAGAGGCUUGGUUACAACUAAGAGCAGAAAUCGAAGCUUUGACGGAUUCUUGGUUAACACUUGCACUGAAAGCGCUCACCCUUAUUCAUUCGAGGACAAACUGUGUGAACAUUCUCGUAACAACUACUCAGCUAAUUCCAGCUCUGGCAAAAGUCUUGCUGUAUGGACUAGGCGUUGUAUUUCCCAUAGAGAAUAUUUACAGUGCAACUAAAAUAGGAAAGGAAAGUUGUUUUGAGCGAAUAAUUCAAAGAUUUGGAAGAAAAGUAGUAUAUGUUGUUAUAGGGGAUGGUGUUGAAGAAGAACAAGGCGCAAAAAAG